AUGCAAAAACUGCAAAUAUGUGUGUAUAUCUACCUGUUUAUGCUGAUUGUGGCGGGUCCAGUGAAUCUGAAUGAGAACGGCGAGCAAAAAGAAAAUGUGGAAACAGACGGGCUUUGUAACGCGUGUACUUGGAGGCAAAACACUAAAUCUUCAAGAUUAGAAGCCAUAAAAAUCCAGAUCCUCAGUAAACUCCGCCUGGAAACAGCUCCCAACAUCAGCAAAGAUGCUAUAAGGCAACUUUUGCCCAAAGCUCCUCCGCUCCGGGAACUCAUUGAUCAGUAUGAUGUGCAGAGGGAUGACAGCAGUGAUGGCUCCUUAGAAGAUGAUGAUUACCAUGCCACGACAGAAACUAUCAUUACGAUGCCUACGGAGUCCGAUCUUCUAAUGCAAGUGGAAGGAAAGCCAAAAUGUUGCUUCUUUAAGUUUAGCUCUAAAAUACAAUACAAUAAAGUAGUAAAGGCCCAACUGUGGAUUUAUCUGAGACCGGUUAAGAGCCCUACAACAGUGUUUGUGCAAAUACUGAGACUCAUCAAACCUAUGAAAGACGGUACAAGGUAUACUGGAAUCCGAUCUCUGAAACUUGACAUGAACCCAGGCACUGGUAUUUGGCAAAGCAUUGAUGUGAAGACAGUGUUGCAAAAUUGGCUCAAACAACCUGAAUCCAACUUAGGCAUUGAAAUCAAAGCUUUAGAUGAGAAUGGUCAUGAUCUCGCUGUAACCUUCCCAGGACCAGGAGAGGAUGGGCUGAAUCCCUUUUUAGAAGUCAAGGUCACCGACACCCCAAAAAGAUCCAGAAGAGAUUUUGGGCUUGACUGUGACGAGCACUCCACAGAAUCUCGCUGCUGUCGCUAUCCUCUAACUGUGGACUUUGAAGCUUUUGGAUGGGAUUGGAUUAUUGCCCCCAAAAGAUAUAAGGCCAAUUACUGCUCUGGAGAAUGUGAAUUUGUAUUUUUACAAAAAUAUCCUCAUACUCAUCUUGUGCACCAAGCAAACCCAAGAGGUUCAGCAGGUCCUUGCUGUACUCCGACAAAGAUGUCUCCAAUUAACAUGUUAUAUUUUAAUGGCAAAGAACAAAUAAUAUAUGGGAAAAUCCCAGCCAUGGUGGUAGAUCGCUGUGGAUGCUCAUGA